GGAGGAGGGCACUUGGUAUAACGCAUGCGCAUACGGAGCACUGGGAAAGCGGGCAUUAUCGCUGGUGCUGGUAUGGCGGCGACAAAAUUCUACUGACACAUAAGGAAAGGCAACUUGUGCCAUGGCCGGACGUGUAGUGCAAACGGUGGCUCCUGGAAAUUGCCAAUCUCAACCUGGAAGUCCACCGAAUGAAACUCCCAUAGCGGCUCCGAGCCUCAUCAACUUAGCAUUUGCCACACCUGACUUGCUGCAGACAAGGGGCCCACCUCCCAUGACCACCAUCACCCGUGAGUCGCCUGUUAUGACAGUGAUCCAAGUAACGCGUGACCUGCGGACAGACGGUCAGCUGAACCCUGGCGUGCAGAAGCCCAUCCUGGUAACUGUCUCUGGCCUGCCUGGCAUGGUGGCCAGUUCCAAGCCACAGACAUUGCAGGGAGGGGCCACUGCAAUGGAGGGCUGUGUACAGCUGGCACCACUGUCACUGGCACCGGACGCGGACGGCUCUGGGCCGACCUUGGGAUCUACGCCUUCGGUCAGCUCGACCACGCAGGCGGUGCUUGUAGGGAAGCCGGGUGGUGGACUGGCAGUGAUCCCCGGAGGCACACAGGGCGCAACGUUUGGCACCCUCUUGGCCGGGGUGCUCACAUCUGCACCCAGUGGGCAGCCUCCCUUGCUCACAGUGUCGUCAGUUGCAACUCCCAUUCCAGUCGUGCUGCCAUCAUCUGUCACUGUGGCACCACUCCCGGCUCAUUCUGGGGCGACGGCAACAGCUUCAGUGGCUGCUCCAACCCUGAUGGCCACAAGUGUAGCAAAGAGUGUGCCAGUUUCCUUGCCCGGAUCUGUACCAUGCUCAAUCCCAGGCUCAAUCCAGGGCUCUAUUCCUGGCUCGAUGCCGUGCUCGAUGCCAUGCUCGAUGCCAGUUACCAUGUCGGGCUCAACACUGGUUUCCGUGUCAGCUUCCAUGCCAGUGUCCAUGUCAUCUUCCAUGCCAUCGUCAGUGUCUACCUCCAUGCCAAUAUCCAUUGCUGCUUCAGUGCCAGCUCCCAUAACGGUAUCAGUGCCGACUUCUGUGCCGACUUCUGUACAAGCAUCUGUGGCAUCUUGUGUACCGACUUCAGCACCAGUGUCCAUUGCAGCAACAGUGCUGACCGCUGUACCAGCAUCAGUGACAGCUCCCGUAACAGCCAUGGCAUCUAUUCCAGCAGCUGCGACAACAACUGUGCCCACUUCCCUAACUGCUGCAGCACCAAUAAUUGUUUCAACUAUACCUCUUACGCCGUCUGUGCCGGCUGCUCCAUCUACGCCUAUUGCAACACCCAUGCCUGCAACGGCCGCCGAGGGGUCUGCACAAGAGCAGCCCGAGUUUGAUCCCAUUCAGGCCAUGGAAUGGAAAGAUGGUAUUGCCACACUCCCUGGUAGCAGCCUCAAGUUCCGUCUGACUGAGUUUGGCACCCUGGAGGUGGUGACCACGGACGAUGUGGCCUCCGAAAGCAGCAAACCCCCCGAUCCGCCAGACAGCCCCCUCAAGGCGUUUGUGGUACCCCAGUACUCUGUCCAGCAGUCAGAACAUGUCAACCACAAAGGCAUUGUUCGAAGCACAGAUGAGGCAGCCAAGCCAGGAGCAGUUGCGACUGCAGCCGUGACUCCUGCUUCGGCUCAGAUGAGGAAGACGCCGCCCGAAGUUAUAAUCUGCUGCCAAUUCUGUGGAUGCCAUGGUCUUCGGAGCGAGUUUGUUCGUGAUGGCCUCUUCUGCAGCCAACUCUGCUACGUAAACUUUGCGAGUCGGGAGCGAAUAAAGCGGAAGGAGGAGCACCUCAAGCAAAGGAAACGCAAGGCUAGUCCCAACGGAGAAGACUCGGAUGAUGAGGAGCCACGUGAUAGUCGGCCAAGUCUCCCAGUACCUCAGAGGGAGCCAUUCUCGUGGAACGAGUACCUCGAGCGCCUUGGUGCACAGGCGGCACCAUCAAGGCUUUUCCGUGAGCACCAAGUGGCUCCCACCGUGGCUAAUGGCUUCCGAGUUGGCAUGAAGCUGGAGGCUGUGGACCCCGCACAUCCAAGCAUGUUUUGUGUGGUGACAGUGGCACAGGUGGUUGGCUUCAGGCUUAGGCUUCACCUGGAUGGCUAUGCUGAUGUGUAUGACUUCUGGGUGAACGCCGACUGCCCCGACAUGUAUCCGGCAGGUUGGUGCGAGCGGACCCACAGGAAGCUACACCCACCCAAGGGCUACACAGCAGAGCAGUUCAACUGGGCCAACUAUCUCCGAGCGUCGCGGUCCCAGGCCGCACCGAGGCAACUAUUUGCAAACCGUAUCGCCACUCAGCCUGGUGCUCCAUUAAAAGGGGGAAUGAAACUGGAGGCAGCUGAUCCGAGUACUGGAGUGGCCUGUGUGGCGACUCUCACUGACAUCACCGAUACUGGCCGAUUUCUCGUUACACCUGAUGGACGGGACAAAAGUGGCUCCUUCUGGGCCGAUGCUGGCUCUCCCCUGCUUCGGCCGCCAAACUGGAGCCGUGAGCAUGGAGAGACGCUGAUGACACCUACUACAGGCUGGAAGGGCCCGUUUUCAUGGGAGCGCUACCUCUCGGAUCACCGGGCUCAAGGUGUCCCAGCACGAGCCUUGCGGCCACGGGCUGGGCCCCAGGGUUUCCAAGUGGGACACCGGUUUGAAGCGGUGGACCCACGCGACAGGCAGUUUGUGCGCGUCGCAAGUGUGGCUGCGUUGCGGCCGCGAGGACUGCUGGUACAUCUGGACGGCUGGCCACCCGAGCGGGAUUUUUUCCUGGAUGUCGACAGCCCCGAUAUGCACCCAGCGGGCUGGUGUACUCGAACAGGUCACCCACUCGAGCCACCAGGUGCCUUAGCUCCGCUUCCUCCGGGAGCUCCGCCCUUCAGCCCAGAGUGUCCCACACCUGGCUGCCAUGGCUUCGGACAUGUGAAAGGAUUUGCCAGCCAUCACAGUGCUUAUGGAUGCCCUUUCUCGGCUGCCAACCGGGAGUUGCCUGAUCGGCUCAACAUACCGUCUAGUGUACCUCAAGAGACCAAAGAUGGCCUAAGGCGGUGCCCGACACCUGGCUGCAAUGGUAGUGGACACCUCAAGGAGAAGUACACGGUGCACCACAAUGCAUCUGGUUGUCCCCUUGCAACAGCACAUGUGGGUGACGACAGCAGCCAGGACAGCCCUUCAGCAGCACCAACACAACCACGAGGAAGAGGACGGCCACGCAAGAUACGGACGCCUGAUGUUGUACCCAAUGCAGGACGGCUCAAGAAUCAAGAGUUGCCACAGACUGUGCAUCAAUCGGUCUUUGGAGCGACACGGUCAGAAGAGCGCCCUCUGGGUCUUGAGCAGCACUGGCCGCAGUUGGAUCUGGUGCCGGGAUCGUUGGUGUCAGACUGGUCCCUGAGCCAAGUGGCACACUUUGUCAGCUCCCUACCAGGGUGCCAAGGUCUUGCUGCCAUUUUCAAAGAACAGGAGAUCGAUGGCGAGGCCUUCCUGCUGCUCAGCCAAACCGACCUGGUGCGCAACCUCCGGCUCAAGCUUGGUCCCGCCCUCAAGGUUCACAGUUGUAUCCUGCGCUUCCGCAGCAGUCUAGCCCCAUCCUGAACAUCUUGCAAGGAUGAGGCCACUGCUACAAUGCUACUCUGGCCCCUCCCAUGAUGACACACACACGCUCACAAAAAGACACACACCUAUUGUCUGUACUAGCACUGCACUCCCCAACAUGGCAUCGAUGGGGUCCUUAAAAAGCAGUCCUUUCUGUCUUUUAUAAUCUCUGUACAGCAGCUGCGUUGGCCUACUCCACAGGUGGCCUCUUCAGGGAGAAGCAGUGGAUGUGGAAGUGAUGGCACAUUUGCUGAACCUGCAUUGUGACACAAGAUUGUGAAUGCAUGCCAUGACAGUGUUUCGAAAUAAAAUAAGAAUUAUGACUUGGUGCAA